GCAAAGGGAGAGGAAGCUGAAGAUGAGGCUGAGAUGGAUGGAUUUCGAAGUGAUGACGAUGACGAUGAGUCUGAUAGAGAAAUGGCAGAUGAUGACAAGGAUGGAGAUGAAGCUGACAGCCUAAAGCUCCAAAAGUUGGCAGCAAAGUAUACUAUUGAGGAAAAGGUGAUUGAAGAGCUUAUAAGAAUCUUGCACUUGAUGCUUUGGUUAUCCAGCAAGGAAGGCUGGCAGAGCAAAAGUGCAGCUGUAAGGAUGAGCUACUGCAGAUGGUGAGAUUUGGUGCUGAGAUGGUUUUCAGUUCCAAGGAUAGCACAAUCACAGAUGAAGAUAUAGAUAGGAUCAUUGCUGAAGGAGAUGAGGCUACAGCUGAACUUAAUGUCAAGAUGAAGAAGUUUACAGAAGAUGCCCCCCCCUCUAGGGUAAUCUAGAUCUCAUUUUAUGCAGCUGCUGAUAUUUUUGACUUUAAUGAUGAAAAGAACUGACUCACGACGGGGAAGCCAAUUUGGGAUCUGGUGACAAGCAGUCAGCUGUUCAUGGUUCUGUUUCUGCUGUAAUAUCAGUUCUCAAGGAUCCUGAAAGAAGCUGUCCUCACUUCAAGGUUUGCUCCACUCUGUGAAUAUCAACUUUGUUUAUACAAUUUGGUUUGCCUCAAUUAAGUUUCACUGACAAAGCCAACUUAGUUUCACUGACUGCUGAGAUUAUUUAACGGGAGCAUGCACCCCUUAGCCACCAAAAAUAACUUCUCAGAAAACAGCCCAACAAACUGAUGCUAAGAAGCACCAGACAGCUAAAGAAAGUAGCAAGUAUGAUCAGGAACCCCUAUGCAUUGAAGUCAGCAACCCAAUCACAAGUGAUAAGCAUUUAAUCCAGCUAGUGCAUGAAGGAAUGCAAAUAUUAAAAUUACAUCUGAAGCUCCAAAUUUUGCUCAAGAAAAUAAAGCUAUAAAGAGGCAAAAACUUGAAGAGGGGAAAGCUAGACAGCGGCUAUGUCGAUCAACGGCUACUGAAUUUCAAUGCCAAGUGGAAUGUUCUCCAUCGAUUCCCAGAAUUAUUACUGGAAUGGAUGUUUCCCAUGGCAUUUUCAGGAAGUCAUUCUUUUCACAUAGAUAGUAUAACCAGCCUGUCACAGAAGAAGUGACUCCUGACGGGGAAGCCAAGUUGGGAUCAUGUAAGAAGCUGUCCUCACUCCAAGUUUCACUGACUGCUGAGAUUAUUGAACGGGAGCAUGCACCCUUCAGCCACCAAAAAUAACUUCUCAGAAAACAGCCCAACGAACAGAUGCUAAUUGCUAAGAAACACCAGACAGCUAAACAAUAGCAAGUAUGAUCUCAAACCCCUCUGCAUUGAAGUCAAAAUCUGAAUCACAAGUGAAAAGCAUUAAUCCAGCUAGUGCAAGAAGGAAUACAUAUGAAAAUUACAUCUGAAAUUUCAAAUUCUGCUCAAGAAAAUCAAGCUAUAAAGAGGCAAAAACUUGAAGAGUGGAAAGCUAAACAGCAUCAAACCCCAACUUUAAUCCAUAAAACAAGAACUGGGAAAUCUACCAGCAACUUGUACACUUCAACUGCAAAAACACAUACAGAAGACAGAAAGAUUUAUGUUCGUGAACCAGCAGCCCCAUUUAUUUCAAUGGCAGAAAUGAUGAAGAAGUUCGAAUCUAGUACAAGGGAGAUGUCAAUACCAUGCAUGAAUUUUUCCAUGUCACAUGAUGGUAUGGCUGGAUCAGUGCAGAGGAAACCUAAGAUUGCACUGACAAUGCCUAAGGAACCUGAACUUGAAACAGCUCAACGUUACCGUCCAGUAAAACUUAAGAGCUCAGCUGAGUUGGAAGAAGAAAUGAUGGCAAUAAUUCCCAAGUUUAAGGCUCGCCCUCUAAAUAAGAAGUGUUCUUUAUUGCAGCUUCGAAACCUUUCCCUUCUCCUCGGAACCUUUUCAGCUUAUCCCGAUAAUGGAUGUUGCCGUCGAUUGGAAGAAAACUCUGGCUGGUAUUCACGGAUUGACAGCGUGCGUUUUCUUUCCGGCUAUGUUGACCAACGUCUACUGAAAAUCAAUGCCAAGGUAUUCCAUUCAUAUAAUUCAACAAUGUUUUGCAACAGUGGAGUAUUCUCCAUCGAUAAUUGGAAUGUUUCCCAUGGCAUUUUUAGGGAUCUGGUGACAAGCGGACAACUGUUAACGGUUCUAUUUCUGCUGUAAUAUCAGUUCUCAAGGAUCCUGUAAGAAGCUGUCCUCACUUCAAGGUUUGCUCCACUCUGUGAAUAUCAACUUCGUUUAUACAAUUUGGUUUGCCUCAAUUAAGUUUCAUUGACAAAGCCAACUUAGUUUCACUGACUUCUGAGAUUAUUUAACGUGAGC